AUGGCUCCCAUGCCAGAUACGUUAAUUAACCACGCGUAUGUAGACAGGCUGAGGUUCAUUGAUGAGACGCUGGAUGUCAUUGCUGGCUACCACCAGGAAUGUGAUCUAGAUACGGAUUCAGAGGUCUGCGCAGGACAAAAUGAGAGCCAGUUGUCGGCGAUCUGCGAAUCUACAUCUCGCACUACAGGCACCUCCCAAGGCUCGCAAUCUUCUGACACCUCUCCCCGCGAUGAGCCAUCUCAGAGAGGUGUUUUCGACGAUAAACAAACUCCUGUUGCCUUAUCGUCUACGCUACAAACCUCAUCUUCCAUUCAGUCGUCAGUCUAUAACACUGUUCCCGUGCCUAAUACUGCAGAGCCUGCAUACACCAACCUCCCACAGCAUCCAACAAUAGACCUCUCAGAUGACCCCUUCUUCUGCCAUCUCGUCAAGCAGCCUUCGGCGGAGAUUUGCCGCAGUCAAAGCCGCCGCCAAGCAAUCCUGAUGCGAUAUUUCUCAGAAGAAAUCGCCCGCCGCUUCGACCUGUGCAACCCUGAACGCCACUUUACCCACGUCGUUCCCCAGCGAGCACGCUCCUCGCCGCCUCUGUUGAAUGCGAUACUAACGACAUCGGCCCGCCACCUCACGCGGCUCCCACGGCAUCGAAACGCGGAUGACAUCGUGGAGUGGCAGGGGUAUGUGCUUCCUGACCUGACGGAAGAGUCCGCCGUGUACUAUCACAACGAAUGCAUCAAGGAUCUCCUGCGGCUGAGCAUGGAUCCGGCGCAGAUCCACAACGAGAACCUGCUGGCGGCAGCCAUUAUUCUCCGGACGGACGAGGAGAUGGACGCCCCGCUGCGGGACGACAGCGACGGCGACAAAGAAGUCUUUCUGCAGAUGCUGAGCAUCUUUCUCAAUGCGCAAGUCCCGUCGGCUGCGGCGGUGCCACACCGCUCAGGUGCGAUCUACCCGAGGGAGAUGAGUCCUAUGUCCCAGCCUCGACCUGUCUCUGUCUCCUCCACCCCCUUACCCCGAACCGACAGUCUCCGUCAGGCGUGUUUCUGGGUCGCCCUCCGGCAGGAAGUGUUUACGUCGUUCAUGAAGCAGCGUCCGCCGAACUUCCCUCUCUCCCGCUGCGAAGCGUUCCGCAACUUUUCUCCAGCCGAGGAUGCCGUCUGGGCAGAUCGUCUGGUCAUUUUCUGUGCGGACGUACUGCAGUACUGCUACGGAGGCCCCAGCGAUACGACUACGCCUCAGCGCCACGCUGAUAAUAAAGAGCGAUGGCAUGCGCUGAAGCAGUACGAGGCUGAGCUGGGUCUCGUCCUGCCGAGCUCGUUCGAACCGGUGUAUUACCGGGCGCCUAACCGGCAAGCAGGCGAGAUCUUCCCCGAGAUCUGGUACCUAGACGACUGCCAUGUGACGGGAACGACGCACGCAGAGCUGGCCCGCAUCCUGCUCGCAGUCUACGACCCGAGCAGGCCCAAACUGGGCCCGGAUACGCUGCCAGCAUGCGCGAGUUGA